CCGCUUGCAGGGAUCCAGCCCGGGCGUCCGGAGCCGCGGCCGCAACGCGCAGCUGGCAGGGACUCCCUCCUGGCCACGCAGUCGCCUUCCGGGGUCCUUCUGGGGCCUCUCGGCCCCCGCCUCGCCCGCCCGGCCCCAGCAGGAGCCGCAGACGUGGCCUGGGCUCCGGUCGCCGCUCCUAGCUGCGCCCUGCCUGGAACAGACGCCCGCCCGGCCGCCCCGUCACGUGCGCCCAAGUCCUCGGCCGGGCAGCGCCGUUCCCAUGGUUCAAGGCUGUUGAUGGAGAAGAGGGCGGAUGACAGCCGGGACUGUGGUCAUCACCGGGGGCAUCUUGGCGACUGUGAUUCUGCUCUGCAUCAUCGCAGUUCUGUGCUACUGCCGGCUCCAGUACUACUGCUGUAAGAAGGACGAGUCCGAAGAGGACGAGGAGGAGCCGGACUUCGCCGUGCACUCGCACCUGCCCCCCCUGCACUCCAACCGCAACCUCGUGCUGACCAACGGGCCCGCGCUGUACCCGGCCGCCUCCACCUCCUUCCGCCAGAAGUCCCCACAGGCCCGCACACUCUGCCGCAGCUGCUCCCAAUACGAGCCGCCAACCUUCUUCCUGCAAGAGCCCGAGGACGAGGACGAGGCUGUGCGCAACGGCGGGGGGCGCGUGGCCUAUAAGAGCAUCAGCCAGGAGGACCUGGAGCUGCCCGCGGGGGGCUUCGGGGGCCUGCAGGCGCUCAACCCCAACCGCCUGUCGGCCAUGCGCGAGGCCUUCUCCCGGAGCCGCAGUGUCAGCACGGACGUGUGACGGCUGUCACACGCCCAGCACUGCCACACAAGGUCUCCAGGCCACUACAGAAUACCCAUGGCAUGUCCCCAGGGCUCCAGGCCCAAGCCCGGGCUCAGCCCAGCCUUCCUCACAUCCCUGCCCUCAGGGGUCCCCAGGCAUGAGGAGCCCCAAGCCCUCUGCAGGGAUGAGGCUCAGUGAACUCCAGUGUGGCCGCUUCAGGUAGAGGCCCGAUGCCAGGGCAGGUGGGGAUGGCAGAGCAGGGCAGGGCCUGGCUCUUGGGCACAGGGCCAGGCUCCUACCUCCAGGAGGUGCGGGACGGUGAUCAUGGUUCCAGCCCCAACUCAGCUCCCUGGCUGUGUGGCCUGGGCCAUGCCAUGCCCUCCCGGGGCCCUGGUCUUCCUGCCUGUGCCAGGAAGGGGUGGCCUCUGUGAUGCCAGGGGCCCCGCAGCACAGGCCUCCCGGGGACAACAGGGACUCCACGCCCCCUGAACUCGGGUCCCCUUCUUCCCCCCUCUCUCCCUCUCCUUCUGCCCCCACCCCCUACAGGCACCUGCUGGGGCUGAUACACUGUUGCCCUAAAUGCCUGGCAGAUGGACAGAAGGGAGAGUUUAGGGACAGCAAGGUUCUUGGCGUACUUGGCCCCUGGUCUGUUUCUGGUGAAGAGGGAGGCAGAGGGAGAGGGGACACUGCACAGCUGGUCCCCAGCCUAGGCCAGGCCAGCAAGCAGACACCUGGGGGGUAGGGAGGUGGGCAGAGCCGUGGCCCAGGGUUCAAAGGUCCCCCGACUCACCAGGAGUCCUGGGUGGCCUUCCCAUCCAUGGGCCUCAGCCUCCCCAUCUGCCUGAGGGAGGCUGGCCUCAGAGGGUCCUUCGAGCUCUGAUUCUCAGCAGGAGCCACCAGGUCCAGGGAGACUGGGCCACCCCCUUCCACCUUCUUCCCCCCAAGCCCAGUCCCUGCUGGUGCCCCGUGGGUCCAGCCAGCCAGAGCUCGCUGCUCCUGAGUGGGAGCACAUGUCCCUCCAACUCCAACCAGGUCUCCCCAGGACUUUUGCCCCCUCUCUAGCCCUCUCUAUCACUGGAGGAGAUGGUGCCCAGUGGCCGCCAGGGGCACUGCCCCACACCCACGCCACUGCCACCCAAGCACAGCUGUCCUGCCAGGAGGAGGCAACUUUCUCUUUCUGGGCAGCAGGACCCAAGAGCCCCUUCCCUCUGGGAGCCUCCCCCUCCCCAGGUCCUACCAUGGAGCCACGGGUGGGUGGGCGCUCAGCACAGGCACCUCCCUAAAGAUAAGCCUUCAAGGGCCGGGCCGCCCCGAGCCAGGCCCGAGCAGGACCUUGCCCUCUUACUCCAGCGCCCGUGAGUUUCCAGAGACCGGGCAAUUGGUGGAGAGCCUCGGCCUGGGCACCGAGUCUCCCUCCUCUUCCUCCUUCCUCCCGCCUCGGCCAUGGUGGGGUUCACCCCGGGCCCUGUGCAGUCUGCUCCCCACACCCCCAGAGCCUGCAUCCCAUCCCACCCUGUCCUGCAUCCUGUGGAGUCGCCGGGCAUCCGCUGAGGUGGGGCGAAGGGCACUCCCCAGCCCUCCCACGUCCCUCCCUUCUUCCUGGCCUCUUCCCUCUGGUGUAGUUCAUAGAUCUCCUUGAAACAAGCACCACCCCUCCCAGCCCCCUCCAUGCCGCCGUGACGGGGCCUGCUGGCGGAGCCCUGGGCUCCCUGGGAAAGCGAAGCCAAUAAACCUUGUCUCGCA